CCUCCCCGCCUUCUCUUUGUAGGUAACUUAUUACAAGAGUUUGCGGGCGGAGUCGGUUACCGUAAGAGAUAAAUUGUGUGCGGUACAAUAGGGAGAGCCGGGUACGACGCUGUCCUUUACUAUUCUGUACAGGGGACAGUUUGGGAAAUCUGGUUCCUAAGCCCAUUAGAGCACCUUAAUUGAAAAGUGAAAUUAAAAAGCAAGAGAUAUGUCGGCAAAUAAAGAUGGAGACGGUGGAUGGAAGAGCUUUCUGUGGAAUUCGGAAAGGAAGGAAUUUCUAGGACGCACGGGUGGCAGUUGGUUUAAAAUCUUGUUGUUCUACUUGAUCUUCUAUGGAUGCUUGGCUGGGAUUUUCAUUGGUACCAUCCAGGCCCUGCUGCUAACCCUUAGUAACUACAAACCCACCUACCAGGACAGAGUCGCCCCACCAGGUCUAUCCCACACCCCACGCUCUGAGAAGUUUGAGAUCUCUUACAACGUCAACGAUGUGGAGACGUAUCUGAAGUACACCAAGAGCAUCAAGGACUUCCUGGAGAUGUACGAUGAGGAGAGGCAGACCGACCAGAACAAGUACGAAGACUGUGGAGAAUUACCUGAAUCGUACAGGGACCGUGGUGAGCUGGAGAGUGACCUUGGAGCGAGGAAGGCCUGCAGGUUCAAGCGGACCUGGCUGGGACCCUGUGCUGGUCUGGAUGGUCACGACGAAAACUUCGGCUUCAAGGAUGGGAAACCCUGUCUGAUCGCCAAGCUCAACAGGAUCAUCAACUUCCGACCAAGGCCUCCAACCAACAGUGCUUCCGUCCCUGAAGCCGGCCAGAGCAGAGUCCAGACCAACGUUAUCCCCAUCCACUGUCAGAACAAGAGAGAGGAGGAUGCUAGCAAGAUUGGUGAGAUCAAGUACUAUGGCAUGGGCAUGGGGUUCCCCCUCCAGUACUACCCCUACUAUGGCAAGCUGCUGCACCCCAACUACCUACAGCCUCUGGUGGCCAUCCAGUUUACCAACCUCACCUUCAACGAGGAGCUGCGUCUUGAGUGCAAAGUGUAUGGAGCGAACAUUGACUACAGCGAGAAAGAUCGCUACCAAGGACGAUUUGACGUUAAGUUCACCAUCAGCGAUUCAUGACCUCAGCUAUGAAAAUAGCACAUUUUCUCUGCCCCUAUUUCAAAACAAGUUGAUUUAAGAGAAAUAAAUAAAACUAGUUCAAUUAAAACAUGACUUGUCUUGGGAAAUAAACUUUCAUAAUAUACGGGACCUACAGUUAAUCUGUGUGCUUUAAACUGGCUUUUCUGCAUAAUGUCUAGGGUUAGAAUGUGCUUUAAACUGGCUUUUCUGCAUAAUGUCUAGGGUUAGAAUGUGCUUUAAAUGGGCUUUUCUGCAUAAUGUCUAGGGUUAGAAUGUACAUCACACCGGCUUUUCUGCAUAAUGUCUAGGGUUAGAAUGUACAUCACACAGGCUUUUCUGCAUAAUGUCUAGGGUUAGAAUGUGCUUUAAACGGGCUUUUCUGCAUAAUGUCUAGGGUUAGAAUGUACAUAACACCGGCUUUUCUGCAUAAUGUCUAGGGUUAGAAUGUACAUCACACUCUGCAUAAUGUCUAGGGUUAGAAUGUACAUCACACCGGCUUUUCUGCA